AUGGAGAUCCUAGUUGAAUGUGACACAAAUGGUGUAUUGGACUUGGUUGAUGGGAUUUUACCUAAUUACAAGUUAGCAACGAAAAUGUUGGAUGACGAAACUUAUAUAUCCACAUACAACCAAAAUGGGAUAAGUAACUUACAAUCGAUGCUUGAAAGCACAGGCAAUAGGAACGUAAGAUUGAAGGAUGGUGGAUUGUUUCUAUUUGACAAAUCAAUCUGGUGUAGGCAGUCAACAACAGCACAGGUAGAUGAAAGAUAUCUAAACGUAAUCAGUCGUAAUUUUUACCGAAAUAAUAUCAUUUCGAAUGGCAGAGAUAUUAAAAACAUUAGGAAUGCUUUAAUUUCAAAUGAAAUUUUGUAA